CUUUUAUAAUUAGUAGAAAUUGCCAGCUGACAGUUGCAUUGAUAAUUAAGGAAGUAAGCUCCAGGAAGCAGCUUGUUCGUUAGAUCUAACAAGUAAUACCUUGUCACCUUUUCUACAGCUCUCGACAAAUAACAGAGCAUCUCCUGCUCACAGCAUCAUGUCUGAUCCAUUCAUAAGACACAUCCAGCUUUUGGGAUUUGAGAAGAGAUUCCUCCCAAGUCAGCACUAUGUAAGUAAAAUAAUUUAAAGCAGAUAUCUCAUAGAUCAAUUGGAUUGCAAAUAUGUUUUUAAUUAAGUUAUCAUUAAAACGGUGACAGAUUACAGGUGAUUCUGUUUAUAAUGUAUAUGACUAUGCAUGAAUAAGCUUCUUUUCUGGUCUCUUAUUAAGUAAAAAUUACAUUACAGCUGAGUUGACAAUUUUAAAGAAAAUUUCCAUUUUUGUUCAUGUUAAGAUAAACAAAUUCUACAUAACUGUUAACAUUUAAAGAUCAACAGCAUCAAAAAUUUCAGACUUUGCUAUACCUCUAAUCCUUAUACCAAGCAUAUUUUUAAUGGUAGGUCCUUGAAAACCAGAAUGUUAUGUCUAUGGUUUUAAAGGUCUAAAUAGACAUUAUUCUCUAUAAAGAAAUUAUUCAAAUAUUUUUCAUCUUGUUUCUCAGCAUAAAUCUUGAAAUGAUAAAUUCUUAGGACAUUUUUAUUGUGAAUGUGCAAAAAUUGAACAAUCAAAUUGGACAAUGUUUCAUGAAAUCUUCAUUCAUAUGUGUCAGUUUUAAAAAGUGAGAUUGAUCAACACAAAAAAAAAGUAUAUAGACUUAUGUUUUCAUACUUCCUCUUUUUGGUUUUUAUUGUACAGUAUACAUUUUUCACCGACUAAAAAUAGCACUACACCACCUUGCCCACUACCACUAACUAUAUGUGUUAUGGAGAAAGGAGUAUUUAACUGUUUGUUAUUCCCCCAUGUUUUUGUCAAAUGGCUUAAACGGACACUUCAGACACCCAGACCACUUCUGCCCAUUGGAGUGGUCUGGGUGCCAACUCUCACUACCCUUAACCCUGCAACUGUAAUUAUUGCAGUUUUUAUAAACUACAAUAAUUACCUUGCAUGGUUAACUCCUCCUCUAGUGGCUGUCUACUAGACAGCCACUAGAGGACACUUCCUGCUUCAUAGCACAGAAAACCUGUACUAGAGUGUCGCUGGACGUCCUCACGCUAUGUGAGGACCUCCAGCGUCGCUAAAAUUCUCAUAGGCAAGCAUUGAAAGCAUUUUUAAUGCUUUCCUAUGGGGAGGUCUAAUGUGCGUGCGCGGUUGCCGCACUUGCGCAUUAGGUCUCCUCAGCCAGCAGGCGGGAUCAGUCUCCCCCGCCGGCUGACUUGGUGACGGGGAGGAGUGUGGGCAGACCAAGAAGCAGCACCGAGGGACAUCGCUGGAUGUUUUGAUCCCUUCAGCAACCGGGGAUUGGGAAGUGGGAGGGAAAGGGGACCCGCAGUGCCAGGAAAACGGAUUGUUUUCCUGGCACUGGAGAGUCCCUUUAACAAAAACAAAUGUUAUCCCCAACACCCAAAAAUCCUCCCUGAUUGGAAUGUCACAAGGAAACAUUUAUUUCCUAUUUAUGCAUUCAAAAUGUCAAAUUGUAUUGCUAAGCAGGCUAUAUCUAGCACCAACAUUUAUUAGCUCUUUCAGUGGUGCCAAGUUAACACAACUUCUCUAUAUAUUGAUAUCAUACACAUUAUCAUAUAUAUUUGAAAACUAUGGUUAUGAAAUGUUUUGUAAUAUUUGCCACUAGUUUAUUUUGUGCUUUGGUAUGAGUUACCAUCGGUUUUAAGAAUACAGAAAGCAAUGGUGUUUUCAAGAGCUGAUAGUCUUUUGGAAAUAACACUAAAUAUGCAUUUUUAUUUUGGUAAAAGUUGACUAUUAAAACCAGAAAUUAAUAAGGCUAGUUGACUCCCAAGCUAGUUGACUUUUGUUUUCUAUUGAAGUGAUAAGGUUGUGCCAUAGAACUUGGCCUGCACUGUGGUGUAUUGUAUCACAGAGAGCUAAUUAAACAUUAAAUCCUGGCAGCGUUGACUCAGCCCUUCAUCCUUCCGAGGUAGAUAAAAUGAGUAGCAUUAAAUUGGGUAAUAGCAACAACCCAUGGAUGCUGGGCUAAGGUACCAUCCCCAGGACGUAUUUGAAAACCAGAGUAAUCUGAAUGUACCUUUCCUGGUUAAAUACUUUGUUAUUAUCAUUAUCAUCAUCAUCAUCAUCAUCAUCAUCAGUUCAUUCAAGCAGCAAACUUAUCUCCAGCUCUGAGUAACUAGGAUCUGAUUACAUUUAGAUAACCAAUUAAUGUUGUCAACUAGUCUAAAUAUUUUGUGCAUCUUUGCUUUUUUUUUUUUAGGUGUAUAUGUUUUUGGUGAAAUGGCAGGAUCUUACAGAAAAACUGGUUUACAGGAAAUAUACGGAGAUCCAUGAGUUUCACGUAAGUUUUCUUUGUUUUCUCUUGAUCAUAGCAAUUUUUAUUUAUUUUUUUGUUGCAGUUUUCUGCUGAGGAUAUAACAAUCCAUAGGGCUUGAAUGAUUUCACACAAAUAUGAAGGAUUUCAUAACAUUCCCAGGGAGCAGCUAUUUGCCUUUAAUACUGUUAUACUGGGAGAGGAGCUGGAGAGACGGAGACAUUGUGAUUCUCUCUCUCCAAAUCCUUUUCAGGCAUAUAACUAAAAGCAGAGAAGCUAAUAUAGGUCCAGUGCGGACCACAUCACAUCAACAUGUAUUGGACUCCAGCAACAGCCCUAGCCUUAACUGUAGCCUAACCCCUAGCAGUUCUCCAAGCCCUAGGUCCAGCCCUAAUUCUACCCCUAGCCCUAACCCUGUUUCAUAAAAGAUACACAAAGCUAUGGCUUUAUAGUUUUUUUGUAUCAUGUUUAUAGUUUUUUGUUUAAAGAAAAGAUGUUACAGAGUUGCAGCCAUUUGGUUUUGCAUGCCUGCAUUGUGAGUGUCACAUUAUAGGAGGGGAAAACCAUAGCCACAGUGCUAUAGAUGACUCUCAGAAGCCAUUCUUCACAAACUGAAUGAUGAUCUACAUAAUACUAGUAUACUACUCGAGUAUCAUUUUUUUUUUUUUUUUUACCGUUUUACUGGCUUAAUGUUUGGAAAGAAAUUAGUUUAGCAACCAGUGUGAGCAAUUGCUAAACUUCUUUGUUGCUUGUGUAAUAUGCUACUUCUUUUUUUUUUUUCUUUAGUUUGGCACAUAAUUGGUUUUCUAAACUAUUUUGUAGUCUAAUUAUUUAAACUGACCUCUGUUUUAUGUAACAAAUGUAAUUGUUGUCUACAGUUCCUCUAACCUUAGCUGAUUCAUUUCUUUAGUUAGCAAUCAUUUAUAUCAUGCCCUGUAAUAGUCUGACAAAUUAUUAACUUGACACAAUAUGGCAUGCUUGAAGAAAGAAGAUAUGUAUAUAAAUGUCACUGUAUCACAACAGCAGCAAUCAUAUCUAAAUUUGUAUCAGAACAUUAAAGGAACACUAUAGUCACCUAAAUUACUUUAGCUAAAUAAAGCAGUUUUAGUGUAUAGAUCAUUCCCCUGCAAUUUCACUGCUCUAUUCACUGCCAUUUAGGAGUUAAAUCACUUUGUUUCUGUUUAUGCAGCCCUAGCCACACCUCCCCUGGCUAUGAUUGACAGAGCCUGCAUGAAAAAAAACAACUGGUUUCACUUUCAAACAGAUGUAAUUUACCUUAAAUAAUUAUAUCUCAAUCUCUAAAUUGAACUUUAAUCACAUACAGGAGGCUCUUGCAGGGUCUAGCAAGCUAUUAACAUAGCAGGGGAUAAGAAAAUCUUAAUUAAACAGAACUUGCAAUAAAGAAAGCCUAAAUAGGACUCUCUUUACAGGAAGUGUUUAUGGAAGGCUGGGCAAGUCACAUGCAAGGAGGUGUGACUAGGGUUCAUAAACAAAGGUAUUUAACUCCUAAAUGGCAGAGGAUUGAGCAGUGAGGCUGCAGGGGCAUGUUCUAUACACCAAAACUGCUUCAUUAAGCUAAAGUUGUUCAGGUGACUAUAGUGUCCCUUUAAAUAAAUAGUGCUUUUUAAAUUAAAUGUUUUCCUUUCUUCGUGGGAAGAAUCACUCCAAACAUCAUUUUCUGCUCCAGAAUAGACUCAAAUCAUAACUUUCACUCACCUCAGCUCCCACUGUGCAAAAUACCAAGAGAUAAACAAUAGGGGAACUCACCCAUUGGUAUUACACAGAAAAUUUCCAAAUACUUCCCAGAGGCAGCUGACAUCGGCUGGAGAUGUGUAAAAGCAGUGGUUACUUUUGUUCAUAUCUUUUGGGAGUGCCCACGCCUCGUCCCCUACUGACAGAUGAUCUUUGACUCCAUGACACGGAUAGCAGAUGAAAGCGUAUGCUUCAACCCUGCUGAGAUGCUACUGAAUAAAUCGAACCUAUCAAUCUCAAAAUACAAGAGAACUCUCUCGAGGCACAUACUAACAGCAGGACGGUCACUAUUCCCGCUGCACUGGCGUUGUUACGAACCCCUGACUUAUCAGGAGUGACUGGAGAGUGUCGAGGAUAUAAGACAGGCUGAGUAAGAGGUUUAAUUGUAAGUGUGUGACUAGACAAAUAUGAAGAGAUAUGGCGACCAUGUACUUAUUACGUAUGUUCUAGUGAUGGCGGUUAGGGAACAACAUUCGGAUGCCAGCACGACGAUGGGCUUCGGAAGACCCCCCCCUCCCAGCGUGGAUGGGGCAUGCCGUGGUGGCUGAAUGUAGACAAAGAUGAGGGGGUCUCCCACGGGUCUAGACUUUGGUUCUCAUCUCUUUCCCCUUCUUCUCCACUCCCCUCCUGUUUUUCUCUCUUUGGCCCUCUUCCUUACUCAAUCUCAUCUUUUCCCACUUCGUCUCUCUCUCUUUUAUCUCAUUAUUUCCGCUUUCACUGUUCUAUCUUUCCAUGAUUACGUAUUUCACAUCUUCGUCUCUCAUACAGCUGUUUCCCAUAGCGGCUGGAACUCUUAGGAUUUCUUUCCUGGCCCAAGGUUAGGUGGCUUGACAGGGUGGGAUGGGGCAGAAGAGAAGUACAGAUGCAUAGUCAGUGAAUCUAUUGCCACAGAGGUUGGAGACGGUCAGGCCCACAGUGGGCGAUAGGGAGGUUAGGCCACGCAACAAACACAUGGGGCUCUGGGGCUCUAUGGACAGUUUAGACAUUAGCAACUAGAAGGCCACGUAAUUAGCACUUCCAGGCUAGCCUCCAACAGCCUGACUUUCGCACACCUAACUCGAAUUGCAAAUAAAUGCGUUGCGUACAGUUAGCUUUACUGGUGCUUUAAAUUACGAUCAAUGUCUAAGUGUGUUUUCCAGAUACAAUUGUUAAACCACAUGCAGUUCUGACAUCAGCAAAGAGAUAACUGUUAUAUGUUUAUUUCAUUACUGUCUCUCUGUACCUAUAUAUUGAAAAACUAAUAAACAAAGAUUGACCAAAUUUAUUUUUAUUUUUUUACCAAUGGAGAGAGCGUUUGGCUCAUAUGAGCACUCUAGCAGCGUUAUAAACUAAUUGACAGGAAUUAUGAAAAAUUUAAGCCAAAAUAGACAAAAUCCAUACUUUAUUGGAUAACCCCGUUGAUGUCUCAUUGCACCAAAUUAAAAAAAAAUGUUUGAGUGCCUAUGUCAUUGCUUUUUCUUUUAAUUCAUUUGCAGUUCCCAUUCAGUUCUCCACAAUUUCCAGUUUGGUGAAUUUCCUAAUGUGGUUAAAAAACAUAUGAGAUUUGUGUAGGGUUAAUUAGGGAUUUGUAAGGAUUAAUUAAUGUAUGUACUGUAACUAUGUAUACUGUAGCCGUGUACCUAGUGUAUAAAGACUGUAAGAGCUCACUCCAGCUGUAAUAAGUAUUUUUUUAACAUAGUUAUUCCAGAUUUAAUAUACCUCUGAUGAACCAUUGAAUGUAGUGUUUAAAGUCAGCAUUCUUACAUAAAUAACGAUUUUUAUUUGUAGAAAGCAUUAAAAGAAAUGUUUCCUAUUGAAUCUGGGCAAAUUGAGAAGGAACAUCGGACAAUCCCUCAUUUACCAGGUAAAUACAUGUGCUUACAGUGUUUAGAAGUAUGUUACUGUUUUAAUUAUUUAUGGCAUGUUAAAGGAAGUGGAAAAAAAUGAAUGGGUGCCAUACAAUUAUGUAUUUCUGACACUAUAUUUCUAACAGUGCAUUUUAGGUGCAGUGUUAGACUCACCUUUUUUCCAUUGCUGGCCAGGUUCCUGCACAGCUGACUCUCCCCGUGGUCUGCCUCCUUGGCAGAGAUUAUCAGACUCAAUUCCUCAUUAACUGCUCUUUGAACUAGACCUACAGUACAUUAAAGCAUUUCUGUCACUUUAAAACAUUUCCCAUUGCGAUUGGAUGUAGUUGAGGACAACUUUUCUCUAUGCAAUGUGAAGUAAAAUGUGACUAGCACUAGCAUUCUUGAGCACUGUAUAGAUGAGAUUUUUCUUAUCAUUUGAAUUGUGUGUAACUUUAACAACCUCAGCAUGGAAGAUCGAAAACAGAAGUGAAACUUCUGAUUAUGACUGAGCCUCCUGUUUUGUAUCACAAUAGAUUCUAAUUGUUUCACAAAAUGAACACAUGUGGGGGGAGUGUUUCUAGAUUUAUUCUGCAAUUUACAUUUAAUGAAAUAAUAUUAAAAAGGGUAGAAUAUAAUAAGUAUACCAUUAUAGAACAUAGAUACUGAUGUAGUGAAGGUAUCUUAUCUUCUUUGGUAUUUAGGAAGGGUCAAAAAAAUGUUAUACCAGCAAUAAUGGAUGACAGUUAACUUGGAAAUUUCCCUAUCCCUCUCCUCCCCCCCAACCCUGACCAAAAUUAAAAUACAUGCAAGGAAAUCUAUAAUUUAAACUAAAAUGUAUGGGCAUGACUCUAAUCCUACUGUAUGCAGAGUUGCAGAGUUGUUAUUCAUUUUACUCAGUGUAACUAGAUCAGGUCCCCAUAGCUCCUCUACAAGGAGUGUUAAAUUGGAUAAUUCUGUUACCUUGUAUAGUAUGGUGUGUGUAUAUUGGAUCAAAUAAAUAAUACGGAAUCUAUAAACAUAACGUUUUGUGUAAAUGGGAAUAUAUUCCAUAUUCUGAGAUCAAAUUAUAAUAACUAGUAAAUUAUGGAAAAAGUAAUAUUAUUUACUUCACAGUGGUGCACCCCUCAUUUCCUGACACUGUGAGAGAAAAGAAUAUAGUUGUGGGGUGUGAAUACCAUAAUAUAAACGAGUAGAGUCCAUUUAUACAUCAUUACAUCUAGUAAACAUAGAAACAAAUUAGACUUGUGUAAAAAUAUGUUUUAUCUGCAACAAACGCAUCAGAUUCCUGUUAAUCUACACCCAAACGAAUUGUAGAUUAACAGGAUUUUGAUACUUUCGUUGCAAGUGAGAAGGAUUUGUUCACAAGUCUAAAACAAACAUUUGUAAUUAUUCCUAGCUCAUUUUAGCUUGUCAAUCUGUUACAAUGAUGCCUGUUUCAUAUGAAGGUAGAAUCACAGAAUAAUAUACAGAGCACAGGCAGAGAUAGUGACCUACGUGAGAAUUUUAAAUUUAAGGCCAGAGUAGCCAAACUAGAAUAACCCUCUCUAUCACUAAUGCUUUCAGUUCAGCUACUCUGGCACUCACUUUAGAAAAUACACCUGCCAGUAUUUAAAUCUGCAUAGGAAACAAUUAAAGUAGGUCACGUCUCCAUUUUCUCUUAUACAAUUUUCCAAUUUAGAAAUUCCCAGUGCUUUGUAUGAAUGGAGGGACCUAAGUACCCAUGGGUUCCCAUUGUAUUAGAGCCCAGAAUUAUUUCAGAUGAACUAACCAAAAAUUCAAUAACUUUAUUGGCUUUCCAGCUCCAAAGUGGUUUGAUGGCCUUAGAUCCACAGAGAACAGACAGAUUACACUGGCUGAUUACUGCGCAUCAUUGCUCAGUCUUCCAUCUAAGAUUUCCCGUUGUCCCCAUGUGAUAAACUUCUUUAAAGUCCGAUCAGAUGAUGUGAACCCUGCAUCCAAUAAAAAGUGAGUAUUUGGCACUAUCUUUGAACAGCUAAAGAAAAACUGCUCAUUCGCUCUCUAACAGUUUGUAUAUUUAUAUAAUACAUAUGUUAAACUUCCUCCAUAGGAUCUGUCUGAGGUCACUCAGCUAGAGUUGCCUCUAUUGCCUGACAAGGAGAAGUCGUUAAGCUUUUGUACAAAAUACAAGCUUUUGUAAUAAUAUUGUUUCCAAAAGUACCUAAUGUCUGUCUGUAUUUUAGUGGUCGAAAACCGGAAACAUUUUUGUUGAAGACAGAAUCGACAAAGCAAGCAAACGUAUCAGGUAGGAAAAAAAAAUUCUCAAUACUUAUCAUUUAUUUGCUUUCUCAGAUUGGGUUUUAUAUUGUUACUUGACUCCCUUAAAGGGACACUGUAGGCAGUAAAACCAUUUCACAAUAUUGAAUUUGUUUUAGUGCCUGGAAUCUCUUAGCCCUGCAUUCAGUUUUAAUCUGUUUUUACUCCACCCACAGCCCGAACCCCUACAGGUAUGGCUAAGGCAGAGAUUACAUAUUUACUUCUAGCCAUACCAAUUCAUAUCAGGAAUGGACACUGUGAUAGGCUGAAAGCAGUCAGCUGACACUCUUAGCCAAUCACAGCUGUCUAUUGCUGCUUAGCCUAAUGAGGAAUCAGGGGAAGGGUUGCUGGGGACUUCUGUUUAGCAUCCAAAAACUAAAAACAGGUAUUGCUGCAUAGAAGGGCACCAGGGGGACAACAGACAUUAUAACAACUUCUAUGAGAUGAAGCAGUUACAGUGCCCACAGUGUGCCUUUAAUUUGAGGAAAGGAUUAAUCUUCCACUGAGAAGAGAUUUUUUUAAAGCUGGAACAUAACUGUUUAUGUCUACUUGGGAUAUUCAUGUUACAUAAAUGGUAUGGAAUUUAGUGGAACACAGAGGUACUUCAGUAACAAUAUAUUUUAUGAUGGCUGUUUCAAAGCCAUAUAAAUAAAUGUAAUGUAAAUGAAUUAUAUAGAAAACGUGUAAUCAAUUUGGAACAAGAUAUAAAUAUUGAUUUAAAUGUUAUGUAUGCACAUCUAUGUAUUUUCACAAGUAUAAUGUAUAAUGAUCCUAGUAAAUUAUGGGUAUAAGAAUUAGAGGCCAGUAUCUUUAAGUAUUAGCUAUCAUACUGUCCUGUAUAGAAACCCAUGACAUAAGAUAACUGGAGGGCCAUCAUUUUCUUUUUUCUAGCCUUUUUGAAUCUUAUUACAUUUGCUGACUAAACAAUCACUACUUAUGUUCUGACCACAGAUAUCACCGGUCCCAUUAUUCUUCAGUCAUAUCGCGUGAUCGCAGACUAUGAAAAGAAUACAAAGAGUGAACUGGGGGUAACAGCUGGUGAUGUUGUGGAUGUUGUGGAGAAAAAUGAGAAUGGUAAUAUACUUUUAAAUCCAUUACAAAUACUUAAUAUCUGUUUAUCAAUGCAUUUGUGAAUGGCGAUCUCUGCUAUAUAGAACAUACAAUUUAUAAAAGUGUAUGAGCAUCUGUCUGUUUUUCUGAAAUCUGAACUGACUGAUUGUACUUGAAAACUGGAAUUUAUUCUCACCCUUGUACUCUCCAAUCACCAAUCAAUACAGGUCGCCGCAGUGGUUAUUCAGGAGUGCCCUGGCAUCCUCGCAGUCUAAGUAGUCAAGCCAUUUGAGAAUGGUUUAUCAAAUUACUUGGUGUUUGCAGGGUGCUUGCCAUGGCCCUCUCUCUAGCUGGAAGCUCCUGCUCUAAGCUGAGUCUGUUGGCUCAGGAAGGCACUCAUUGGUUGAGACAACUCAACUGAUGCUCUCAGUCCAUGAGCGGCCCAAGGAAGCUUCUUUCGAGGAAAUUCUGGCUCCACUGGAGGAUGCAACAGUCUCCUGGGGAUGUCCGUGUGAUUUGAAAAACCAGUAUUGGUUAUUGUGUUUGAGUGUUCCUUUCAUCAGAUUAUUUUAUUGGAAAUAUGAGUGAGUGCAGGUUUUGACCCAACCUUGAUUAUGAUCUAAAAGGCUGUUGUGUCGUUGUAGGGAUGAUAUGAGGUCUAAUAACUGUAUCAAUUUAAAAGAACCUAUAGUGUCAUGAAUACAAACAUUUUCCCAUAGAAAAUCAUUGGGAGGCUAUUGCACGUGCACAGCAAACCGCCGCACUGCACCAAUAAGCAUCUCCUCAUAGAGAUGCAUUGAAUUAGUGCAUCUCUAAGGGUGGUAUUCUGCGUCUUCAUACAGAACGUGGAGAUGCUGAACGUCAGUGCUGCACACACUGACCCAGGAAGCACCUCUAGUGGCCGUCUGAGUGACUGCUACUAGAGGUGUUACUAGGCAGUAAUGUAAAUACUGCUCUUUCUCUGAAAAGGCAGUAUUUACAUGAAAAAGCCUGUAGCAUCACUUUAUACACACCAGAACAAAUACAUUAUGCUAUAGUUUUUUUGGUGACUAAAGUGUCCCUUUAACCCCUUAAGGACCAAACUUCUGGAAUAAAAGGGAAUCAUGACAUGUCACACAUGUCAUGUGUCCUUAACAGGUUAAUUAACCGCCUGCAAAGCUUAAAUAUGGUUAUCCAUACUGUGUGCACCAUUGCAUUAUUUAUGAUGGUUAAAUAUCAUUAGCUUUAAUAUUCAAGGACUACUAAAUAGGACUUGUAUGGAAAACAUCUCUUACCUAAUAUGAAUUUAAAAACUGUUUGAAGAAAUGUUUAAGAAAUCUUUAAUUACAUCAGCAAAUUGAGUUUUCACUUCUUAGUCAUACAAUUAUUUACACUGCAAUCAUCUGUCUGACUGAAAAAUAUGAAUAAUCAGGAAUUUGUGUAUUUAAUGUAUUCAUGUCACAGGUUGGUGGUUCUGUCAACUAAAGAACAAACGAGGUUGGGUUCCUGCUGCCUAUCUAGAACCUCUUGAUAGUCCAGAUGAAUCUGAAGAGCAAGAUCCUGAUUAUGCUGGUAAUACAAACAUCUUCUCUAUCUUACAUAUUUGUUUUUCCACUACCUGGAUAACCUUUACACAUGUAUCUUUAAAUUUGUGAAGUUAACUAUUCACCGACUCAUCUUGUAACUGGCCUGAAUGGACAGGGCAAACGCACUCUCACAAUUCCUAACACAUGGGUAUAAGGUAGGGGUUGUAAAAUGCCUUAUACAGCUACCUGGUAAAAUAAUGUUUGUAGUCUUCAUGCAAAGCUGCAAAGGCUAAGUAAGAAAAAAAUUAAAUGAAAUGGAAAUAACUUUGUUAGCACAAUAUAAUAAAAAUAAUAAUCGUGAAGUACAUGAUUUACAAGUAAAUCACAGUGAAGAUUGGGGACCAAUACAUCAUUAAGCUAACUGUGACUAAUUUACUUAUCUUUUACUUCUAAAUGUUCCUGAAAAAUUGUUAUAUAUGAAGUGCAAAGAGUAAGUUUGUAACAGAAUGGUGUUUGGUAGGAUUAGACACUCCUUAAAGGGACAUACAUCACUUUUAGACAACUGCCUUGUUCAAAAGAUUUAUUUGGAAUUAGACAGUUGACUCAGGCAGAAAAAGCAUGUAAAUAUGAUUUUUCUUUUUCAUAUAUACCUGCUUAUUCUUGCCUGGGCUUUCCACACUUCCUCCUAGGAGGACACUGAUGUUGUCAAUCAGUGCCCAAGCCCUAGGGAUUGUGAAAAGUCAAAUUGCACAUGUGCAUCUCAGUCAUACAUGCACAAUUCAAACAUCUCAGACAUCAUUGAUGAUGUCAUAGGAUGUGUGCCGAUAGUGAACGAGGGUUAUCCACAAAAAACAAGCGCUUUGCAUUUGAAUGAGACAUUUAUCUCAUUCUGUUAGCAGAAAAGGCAAGUAUAUAUAUUUUUUGCUUUCCUCCAUAUCUACCUGCUUUUUCCUUCCCUGCCUUUUGCAUGCUUUUCUUAGGGGGGCACUGAUCCAGCCAAUUAGUGUCCUAUCUCUAAGUAUUUUUUGAAAAUCACAUUGCACAUAGCAUCAUCAGUGAUGUUGGAUUAUUCUUAGACAAGCAUCUACCUCUUUUACACAGAGCUGUUCAUUCUACACAGGGUGUCUCCCUCGACAACGAGCGGAAAUUUCUUCAGAUUGUCUCCGGUAGAUAAUGAGUGUUUCUUUUUAAAUAGUAGAGACUCUGCCUCUACUAGUGAGUCCCUCUGUAUACUGUGGCUCAGUAUGUGUAUAUGUAUAUAUAUAUAUAUAUAUAUAUAUAUAUAGGAAUUCACUGUACAGAGCAUUGAAUGUCACUCAGUAUAUAAAAUAUAAGAAUAUAGAGAGAUUCACAAUGCAGAGUAUUCUCUGCACAUUGAGUCCCGCUGUACUAACAUUACACUAUAUAUAUAUAUAUAUAUAUCUCUCUCAAAAACCAAAAAAGGUAUGGUGGAGAAAAAAUGAGAUUCAAAACCCCUUCCACCAGAAGUCUGUGGAUAGUUAAUACAAUGUUAAGCAAAAAUCUGCAUACCAGUCAAGCCAUAAGACUUGCUUUUUCCACAGGAAUUACAGAUUUGCAGUGAUGUUACUACCACAAAGGAUUCUGGGUGGGCAUAUGCAAAUUAGUUCAACAAAGAAUACAAUGUUUGCCUCAUUCCAUUUUAAACAUGGAUUCCUUUGAGUCUGUGUUUGCUGUAUAUAUUUCAAAGCUGUUGUCUACAGCAUUUUCAGAGAGUCAGUUGAUCAUUACUGUUUCCCUGACUCUCAGCAUCCUUUGCUCUUUUGUGUGCAAAUGUCACAAGUGUUCAUGCAUGCCUAGUGCUAGUUCAUGUGAAACUGAGAUGAGUGGAUUAGUGGUUUGGAGAGCAGAAGGUAAGAGGCAAGGGGAGGGAGGCUGAAGAAGCACCUCUAGCUAAGAGAUGUAAGAGACAAAGGAAACUACGAACAUUAAUAAUGUUAUAAUAAAUGUUUAUUAUAUAACUUAAAAACUUAUCCUUCUUUAUUUUAGUUUGUAUAUUUGUGUAAAAGUGUUUGCUUGCUGGUUUAAAAAACAUAUUGUCACAUGAUGCAUGUCCCUUUAAACUAUAAAUUACAUCCCACACAUGGCACACCCCUCAGGGCUAAAUUUCUACUCUCCAGGAGUAGAUUUCUACUCAAUAAUGGUGUUUGUGAUAUUGAAAAUCUUAAACUCAUAUGUUAAUUCCUCCCACCCACCGCCAAAUUUUCUUAAUCCUUUUACCUGCUUUUUGAUGCAGUAGUUUCUAAAGACACUCCAAUUGAGGGCAAUUUUAUAUAUUUAACUAGAGAUAUUAAAUGAACACGCCAAACACUUAAAUCACUUCAAAAAGUGUGUCCCCUUUUACAUUUUAAAUAGAAAUCAACACUUUCACAAUUCUAUCCGGCUUCAAUUAGACAGUAGGGAGGUUUUUUUUCCAGCUAGUUUAGCUCCCUGGAGCAAAGUGUAAAUGGCAGGUUCCCAGAGUACUAGAUGUUAGACUUGUGUAAAAAUGUGUUUGAACUGGUUUGUUUAAUUAAAUUCAUUUUAAUCCAUGCUGAACAUAGAAAUCCAUUGAGGAUUGACAUGCGGAGUAUUAUUAAUUGAAUUGAAUGAAAAGACUCCAGAGGUAAAUCCUCAUUUUGUUCUGUCAUGGAUUAAAAGGAAUUUGAUUUGAACUAACCGGUCCAAAUGAGUUUUUGUACAAGUCUACUAGAUCUGCAGCUAAAUUUUCAUCACCUCCAAAGAAAAUAUGCAAAAAGACAUGUAUGGCUUUGGGGCACAUCUAUUAGAGAGUUAAAAAAAAAAAAAAAAAAGAUUUUCUGCCAUUUAGGGAUUGCUAGUUGUCCAUUUGAAUGAGACAGAAAUUGCUAAAUUUUGACUUUAGCAGGUUUCCCUAUCAUCCCGAGUUUGGUGUGAUAGUCCAAGUUUUCCGUUUUCCUGACUUUGUUCUCGCUUUUUGUGGACACCAGAGAACUAUCCCAAACACAAAUAAGGCAAGCACAUUAUUUGAUGUGCUUGGGCUAUGUUCAAGACUGGAAUAGUGCUCCCUGCAUGGUCUUCUCCCCCAGUGGGCUGGCCUGCUUGAUUGCCAGGUUGACCUGUCACUUCUACAGGUGGAGCCACCUCUUUCUAGGCAGGGCCAGUGACGUGAAUUGCAUCACUAGUCUGCCCCUUUUUGCGCCUCUCACUACAUCCCUGCUUCAUUGGACGCUAGAGUUGAGAUGUAUGCUAUAACUGAGUUUAGAAUCCGCUAAAUCAGCCAUACUGAAUUUUAUAACUGUGUUCAUAGUUCACAGAUAUAGUCUAGAGAUUAGCAAAUAACCCUGUAAGUCACAUAGCAUAGCUGCUAUUUGCCCAAAGGCCCAUCGGGAUACAAGGAGAUGCCUGGAGCAGGCAUCACUAGAAUGAUGUCGGCUAUUAAACCAAGAAUAGAUAUUUAUUUGGGUUUCUUGUGUUUGUUAUGUUGUUGGAAAAACUGUUUUCUUUAUAGUCCUCUUUCUCCCUACUAUAAAGGUGAAAAACACAUUAUCACAAAAGAUUAUUCAAGCACUCUGGAUGAUGAACUGAAUGUGAAAGAGGGUGAAACAGUUGACGUUAUUCAUAAGCUCCUGGAUGGAUGGUGGGUUGUCAGGUAUGAGCAAAGUGAAAUACAAGGACUUCCAGGGAGAGUUCUAGAUAUUUGUUUUUCAGGAUGGAGUAAAUUAAAUUUAGAGCAAAUGGGAAUAGAAUCAUAGGAUUGGGAUUGGUUCUCACAAAAAGACAGACGUUCAAGCAAUUCAAAGCAUACCAGACUCACAUCCUAUUGAAACAUCCCCUGCACUUCUCCCACCUGGCUCAUUAGUAGACACGGACCUCGAUUUACCACCCUAUUUUCAGCCCUAGGUUUCCCUAUGUAUAUUUUCUUUGAAUAGUUUUAAAAAUCAGUGAUGGGAAAAAACACUAAAACAAUUGUUGAAAACUAGUAACUUCUUUACAAUAUUGCCCCUGAAUCUCUAACAGAGCAGGCUUAACCUUAGGUGGUCACAUCAGAUCUAGUGGUUAGACAGGGACCCCGGAAUACUUCAUUUGUCCCCUUAUACCUCCCUAUAUAAAGAAUUAAGGGGGAGGGAUAGUAACCUGCCUAUGGCCUAUGGAAUCUUAAUCUUUCUCUGAUAAAUGACUAAAAUCUAUUAUAACAGUUAGACCUUUUCCUUAGGCUAUAUUAUGUUAUCUGAAUAGCAGACAUGAUUAAAAUACAGUGUCACCUUGACCUGUGAGUACCAACUUGUAUUCAUCACCUGACAUGAAUUAGAGACAGCACAUUACUGUUACAGCAUAUACAAUAUUGCCGGUGAUGGUGACACUUAUUGGAACAUUUUAAUUUUAUAUCUGAUAAUUGUGACAUUUUAACAGCUGAUGAUGAGCUGUUAAACCACUGGUAUCUACUUUGUGUGAAGAAGGGCCUUAUACCUUAUUAUUAAACACUCAAGUUUUAACAAAGACAGUCCUGUCGAACACAAAUUAACAGCACUCAACACUCUAAGGGAACCAUCGAAAACCUGUAUUAAUGAAAUUAGGGUUUAGGCCUGUUUUUUAGAUGAUAAUAUUUUCUGACUUUCGACAAUGUGCUGGUAGAAAACAGGUUUGUGAAGUUUGGAUUCCGAAAGCAUGGUAAUUUGCGAAAGACAUAAAAUUUUAUCAGUUGGUUACAGAUUCUAGACUGUAAUGUAGAGCUUAAACAUUUUGGGGGGUUUGGCACCAAUUCUUGAUACCGCAAAUGAAAUCUGUAUGAAUAUUUAUGAAAAAAGUUUUUGGGGGUUUCAUAACUUGUUUUUCUCUUGUACAGGAAGGGCAGCAUAACUGGGUAUUUGCCUGCAAUGUAUCUGAAGAAAUCUGGUGAAGCAUCCCCUGCAGAUGAGAAUCAAAUAAAGACUAAAGCCUUGCCACCUCGAAGGUGAGCCAAAUUGUUAAGGUUAAAGAGCUCCCCACAUCUUUUUGGUUGCUUCUUUUCUUUAGUUAAGGAAAAUGAUGUGGGUGUACUGUACAGUGAACAUACACAUGCAGUACAAAUGGGUAUUUUCCUCUUAAAUGAAGGGGAAACAUUUACAUGUUGGAGUGCCUGUGCCUUGUGCAUAAUAUGCAUGUCAUGUAUAGUGUUGCUAUUUCCUCAGUUCUUUUUCCAGUAUUAAGUAAAAAUGCAAUAUUAAAACAUAAAAAUGCAAUACAUUCAAAUGUGCCAAUUAAACCUUAAUAUAUAGUGAUUAAAUAAAUAUAAAAAGGCAAUUAUGGAUUUGAUGAACAAUAAGUCAAUAAAAACAGAGAAAGUACUUUAGCACAGUGUUUCCCAAACCAGUCCUCAUGGACCACUAACAGUCCGGGAUUUAUGUAUUUCCCUGUUUUAUUCCGAAGGAGACACUGACAAAACCUGGACUGUUGGUGGGUCUUUAUCCCCUUAGGGGGUCGAAACGUCUAUUUGAACAUGCGCAGUUUAUGUAUUUUUUGAAAUACAAUAAAUAUGUUUUCCCAUGAUUUCAAGACCUGGGGUGCUCCCUAAAUUUUAUUUUAUAAUCUAUUUCAUACAUGAGCCAGUGCACUCACUCAUUCACUAAACCAUGAUUUCACAGAAUGUAACAUUUUUAUUUAAAAAAAACUUACCAAGGCAAAAAAAUAUGGGGGUUUAGUUACAAUAUAUGAUCAUACAUUACAUAAGCCUGCCACAAUGUCAAUGUACCCCAUUCUUGGCAGGUCCUAUCCUAGCAGCCUAGUGCCUGCUCUGAGAUUAAUCCACUUACUUGGGAGAUGCUUCCUCCUGGGACUCUCUGCAGGGCAAGGUUACAUAUAAUGUGUGUGUAUAUAUAUAUUCUUUAUAGUCGUACAGGUAUCUUACAUUAAUUAAAGGGACCCUAUGUAUUCCAUGUAGGGAAUGUGGUGGUAGUGGCUAGCCAUAAAAAAGAACAGGAAGCUAAUGACUCAAAAAAAUCAUACAAAAAAUUACUUUAAAUUAAACACUUGUUUUUCUUAUUGUUUCGUUCUAAAUGUAGGUCCACUAUUUCAAAUGCUCGAAGCAUGCACCAACAAAGUCGCAAGCAGAUUACCCAGGACACAUACAGGAGAAACAGCAAGAAGUAUUUAAAGGAACGACAGUCUAAAACAGAAUCUAUGAUUACAGCCAUAACAAUUGGUAUGUAUGGGUCUACUUAUAUUAUAGGCAUGUUUUAUAUUUAUCUAAGUGGAUUAAAAGGUUAAUUAGCCUCUUGUAGUGCAGUACAGUGUAAAAUUCUGUUUCAUGCAGUUCCCAGCUUGCAUCAAUUCUUAUCUGCAGUAUUUUUGCAUUCGUUUUUCACAUUAACUGCUUAAUAGCUUAUAUCAGGGUUCGCCAAAUGAUAAUUGCCAGCUGCUGUUAAACUACAAUGAUGAUGCUAAGACUGGCAAAGAGUCAUGAGAUUUGUGGUUCUAUAAAGUUGGAAUCUGCCGUAGGUUUAGAUGAAGGCAGUAUAAUUAGGUAGUAGUGAGUAUGUAUUUUUUUUCUUUCAUUAAACUGUUUUUUAAAAAGUAUAUAUCAUGAUUGUAGAGAUGAUAAUCCCCUUACUUUUUGUAUUUUCUUCACUUUUGUUUUUAUAUAUUUUUUUGUGGUCUAGAUGAGGACAAAGAGAUGGAAAGUCCUUGCAAAGCACAGCCUGCCAUUCCACCAAGGCCAAGCAAAGAAGUUAUUUUGGAUCGUUGUACAGAGCACACAAAAUCCAAGAUUCGGACUAUGAACUGAGAGAAACUGAAAAUCAAGAGCCUCUGUACCUGAGCCUCUCAUGGGCCAUUUGUCAUUUCUAAAUUUUGUGCACAGCACAUUGAAUUGCUCAUUUAAAUAUUAAAUGUGCCUUCUGCCUAUUGUGUUUCUCAGGAAACAAUAACAUUACUGUGGAGUAUAAUCUUGACUUCCAGUAAGAUAAAAACCCAAUUAAAUUAAAUAUUGUAAUGCUCCUUCGAGGCUAAAGUUUGGUUUUACUGCAUAAAGCAGCAAUACCAUUAAUGGGUAUGUGCUCAUCUACAACACAGCAUGGUGCACACAUACCUAUUCCAUACAGCAUACAACACCACAGCAUGGUGCACACAUACCUAUUCCGUGCAGCAUACAACACCACAUAUCCCUCUUCUGGUACUCUACUGCGUAUAAGCAACUUUAUUGGUGUAUUUAUACAGAAAACAAAAAUUACAAAUCAGUACACAUUCACAUAUGUCUGCAACCGAAUAGUAGGAGAAAGUAAUGAACAAGAAAAUCUGUUUGUGGGAUUGAAAGCAAGCAAGUAAUUCUCUUAGACUGUCGAUGAUGGAAUAGUCUCUGACAAUGCUGUAAAAGUCUUGACUGAUAACUUGCUAUCUCCUGAACAACAGAGAAUUUCAAUCAAACCAUCAAGCCUCCUACAAACACCAUAUCAGGGGCCAAGUUUGGGGGAAAAUCCAUGUUGUGCCAUAUGACUACAUGUGUAUUCUAAUAGCGGGAAUAUUCUCAAGGGUGUAUAUUACACUGCAACAAGUUGUGGUGAGUUGACAAUAGUUUUGCAGAAUAUGUGCCAAAGAAGCUGAGUUAUAAAAAAUAUUUCAAUCUUCAACUAAGAGGAAGUAUAUAUUUUAGUCUAGAUUCUGCAGCAAUUGUCAAAAUCCACUGACCAAAAAGUCAAGUUUUGGUAAGUAGGGGAAGUGCAUUUUCACUUUAUAAUUGCAUACCUGUAAAAAGCCAGAGAGAACAUUUAAGCUAUCUUUACAGAACAAAAGUCUAGGACAGGGUUAGGCAACCUUUGGCACUCCAGAUGUUGUGGACUUCAUCCCCCAUAGUACUCUUAGAUCCAUAAUGCUGGCAAAGCAUCAUGGGUGGUGUGGUCCAAAACAUCUGGAGUGUCGAAGGUUGCCUGUGCGUCGUCUAGGAUAUGUGCAGUUGUAUUUAAGUGAAUUUGUUCUACCUUUAUCGUGCACAUAAUUGCUAGCAGUGCUAUCCUAUACUGGUCCGUUGCAUGUUUGUUAAAACUUUACAUUUGAAUAAUCCACCUUUAUAUCAUAUACAUAUGUAUUCUUACUUUUUCAAACUUGUUCAAUAAAGAAUAUGGAAAAAAGCCUAAUCAACCAGAAUAAUAAUCCAGGAUUACUUAAAGC